AUGGCAGCGGCGGCGGCUGCGGUUGACAGGUCCACCAUGGGCCUGGACCUGGAGUUCCGUCUCCUCCAUGGGGUCGGCUUCCAAAUCCGCACCCCCAUGGGUUGGACCUGGUGCUCCAUCUCCAUGGCAUCGUCUGCUUCCGCUCGGCCGUCUGCAUCCUUCUGUUGCUCGUCGAGCGCGAGCGCCGACGCAGCAGGGCGGGGCUUGCUCGGCCCGUUCAGGCUACUCGUGAUGGUCGACGACGGCCUGUUGGAGCAGACCGCUGUCUACUUCUACCUGGUCAAGGGUGCGGACGGGAAGCUCAGCACUCACUUCUGCCAAGACGCCUUCAGGUCAUUGAAGGCGAACAUUCUCGUCAAGGCCGUUUAUGGCAGCUUCGUCCCUGUACUUGAUGGAGAAAAUCUGCACGCCCCGAUGCUCCCCUUGGUCUGGGCACCCGAUGCCAGGCAGGCUGUGGAUGCCCCAGACCAUAAGGCCGGCCGUGCUACUCUAGCUGCUCCUGCCCCGGCCAUGCUCAACUUCGCUCCUGGUCAGUUGCCGCAGGCUGCUGCUGCUGUGACGGAAGAUCAGAAGAGGCCUGGAGAUGCGCACCACCGUUUUAGUUGA